AUGGACUUAGACUUUAUUUUUUUUCCUGCUCCAAAGGAAGUAUCGAAUGAUCAUGACUAAGGAUAAAUUUUAUGGAUUCCAAAAUAUUAAAAACUUUAUCCAGCUUUUUAAAAUUAUGUACCUCGAACAACUAAAAAAAGAGUAAUGUACUUUAAAUUAAAUGAAAUUGAUAAAUUUGGUGAAGAUGAACAUUUCUUUAAUGAAGAACCUGCGUAAUCUUUAUUUAAUUACAAUUUAGUAUUGAAUCCCAAUUAUAACCUAUUCCUAAUUUUCCAUGCAAACCUCUAACCUAAAGAUAGUAAAGAAGAUAAACUAGUGAAAUAAAUUCACCUUCAUUUGAUUCUAAUGAAGGUAGUCCUGAUGUUUAAUCUAAAGUACAAAAAUUAAACAUGCAAUCCAUUUAAAUUACUACCAAAAAACCUUAAUUAUGUAGAAUGCAAUCAAAUUUAUAUCCUAUAAAAAAAACCAAGAUAUAAAAUAGUAUAUGUUUUAGCUAGCCUAUUAUUAAAUUACCUUAAGAAUUAAAUGAUAAAAAGAAUAAAAAAAAAUAUAUUUUAGAAGAACCUUUAAGAUCUAACUCUAGAGAAUCACAUCAUAUAUUUGGACAUAUUCCAUGUAUGUAUGUAGAUUCAAAAAAUCAUUCUCCAAAUAUUUUAUUAUAUUUCCAUGCAAAUUGUGAAGAUAUUACUCAAUCAUAUGAUUUUCUCAUUCAACUCAGAGAUAAUUUAUAAGUAUUUUCUUUAUAUUAAUUUCUAGAUAUCAGCAAUAGCAAUGGAAUAUCCUGGUUAUAGUAAAUAUAAAAAUGAACAACCUAAUGCUGAAUUUAUUUUGAAAGAUGCUGAAUAUGUUUACAAUUAUUUAACUAAAAGAUUAGGUUACAAUGAAAACCGUAUUAUUAUCUUUGGUAGAAGCAUUGGUAGUGGACCUGCUACUUAUUUAGCUAGUAAAUAUAAACCAGCAUGUCUUGCUUUGAUGUCUCCAUUUACUUCAUUAAAAGCUGCUGUCAGAGAUUAUGUAGGAUCAUGGGCUUAAUAUCUUAUCAGAUAAAGAUUCGAUAAUUUAGAGUAAAUUAAAAAAGUCAAGAUUCCUACUUUUAUCUUGCAUGGUAAAGCAGACAAUAUUAUUCCAUAUUCUUAAGCUUAAGAAUUAUAUAGUAUUUAUUUUAUUACUAUUUAGAAAAUUGUUAAUCUAGUUAAUGUCUUAUACAUUUAGCUAAUGAUAUGGAUCAUAUUAGCUAUAAAUUAUAUAAAGAUUUAAUAAACCCAUUUACUGAAUUCUUAUUAUAAAUCAAAUAUUAUCAGAACUGUUCUUAAGCACCAAAGUUACCUACUGUUCUAUUUUAUGAUCCUAAAUUUGAGUGA